CGACUUCCGGUGUGUUAAAGCAAGGCAAGGAGAGUUCCGGGUGUAAAGGGCGAGAGGAGGAGCGGACAGAAGCGGGGACGGCACUUUAUCACUCACAAUCUGGUGUAAAGCAUGGAUGCUUCACGAGAAGCUGCUUCCCAGAACCUCUCUAACCCCACAGAUGAGAAUUACUUUGUGACUUACACAUUUACAGACCGCUCCCACAGCAGCCGGGUGGCCCAAAGCAUCAUGAAGCUGUGUAUGGAGGAGGAGCUGUUUGCCGAUGUCACCAUCCUAGUAGAUGGAAAGGAAUUCCAGCUGCACCGACUUGUCCUCUCUGCUCAGAGCUGCUUCUUCCGCUCUAUGUUUGCGUCCAAUUUAAAAGAGGGCCGCAACCGUGUCAUCCAGCUUCAGGACGUCAGCGAGAGCGUUUUCCAGCUGCUGGUGGAUUACAUUUAUCAUGGAACGGUGAAGCUGAGGCUGGAGGAGCUACAAGAAACAUAUGAGGUGGCUGAUAUGUACCAGUUGACGUCUUUAUUUGAGGAGUGCUCUCGUUUCCUGGUGAGGACGGUGCAGGUGAAGAACUGCCUGCAGAUCAUGUGGCUGGCAGACCAGCACAGUGACACGGCACUCUAUACCGCGGCUAAACACUGUGCCAAAACCCACCUGUCACAGCUGUUGGACACCGAAGAGUUUCUGAACUUACCCAUACGGCUUCUGACGGACAUCCUCGCAGAUGGAGUUCCCUGUUCUCAGAAUCCCACCUCUGCUAUAAAGAACUGGAUCCACUACAACAAAGAAGAGAGGGAGGAGUUUUCUGAAAUUCUGCUAUCUAGUCUGAAGGAAAUUGGUGAAAAUGUGCACAUUUAUCUGAUUGGUAAGGAGGAGUCUCGCACGCACUCCAUUGCAGUCUCACUACAUUGUGCGCAGGAUGACUCCAUAAGUGUCAGUGGACAGAACAGUCUGUGUCACCAGAUAACAGCGGCCUGCAAGCACGGGGCCGACCUGUAUGUGGUAGGGGGCUCCAUCCCCAGGCGAAUGUGGAAGUGUAACAUGGAGACCAUGGAUUGGGAGCGCUGCGCUCCUCUGCCUAGAGACCGUCUACAACACACGCUGGUGUCUGUCCUCAGCAAGGACGCCAUCUACUCCCUCGGAGGAAAGACGUUGCAGGAUUCUCUCUCCAACGUGGUCAUUUACUAUCGAGUACAAGAUAAUGUAUGGACGGAAACCAGCCAAUUGGAGGUUUCUAUCUCAGGUGCUGCCGGCGUAAACCUCAAUGGGCUCAUCUACUUAUUUGGAGGUGAGGAGAACGACCUGGACUUUUUUACCAAGCCCUCGCGCCUCAUUCAGUGUUUUGACACCAACACUGAAAAGUGCCACGUGAAACCGUACCUGCUGCCUUUUGCCGGACGCAUGCACGCCGCCGUUCAUAAGGACUUGGUGUUCAUUGUAGCAGAGGGAGACUCGCUGGUGUGCUACAACCCUCUCCUGGACAGCUUCACGCGGCUCUGCCUCCCUGAUGUGUGGAGCUCUCGACCCUCGCUCUGGAAAAUCGCCAGCUGCAACGGUUGCAUCUAUGUGUUCCGCGACCAGUACAAGAAAGGUGAUGCCAACACGUUCAAACUCAAUCCCGCCACGUCCGUGGUGACGGUAACAAGUGGCAUUCGCUUCCUGCUUACCAACCUUCAGUUCUUGUUGGCGUAAGGCCUGUAUUGGGAGUGUAAGUGUAGACAGAGGUGCAGGCAGUCGAUUCGACAAGCCAUGAUCUCGCUAGCAGGAAGGUCAUGACACCUCAGCUGUAAGAAUCGCGGAGAAAACAAUCGAACGAAUGUGAAUAUAUUGGUGGGACCAACAGUGUAAUACAGUGGGCUGCUGAACCAG